AUGCACGGCAAGAUCGUGUUCUACGAGGACAGGAACUUCCAGGGUCGCUCCUGGGAGUGCAUGGGAGACAUGGGCGAUUUCUCCUCCCACCUGAGCCGCUGCCACUCCUUCAGGGUGCACAGUGGCUGCUGGAUGAUGUACGACCAGCCCAACUACAUGGGAAACCAGUACUUCAUGAGGAGGGGAGAGUACCCCGACUACAUGAGCAUGUGGGGUUGGAACAACUGUAUCAGAUCCUGUCGCCACAUCCCCAUGCACAGAGGAAACUACAGAAUGAGGAUCUACGAGAAGGAGGACUUCGGUGGUCAGAUGCACGAGUGUAUGGAUGACUGUGACUCCAUCAUGGAUCGUUACCGUAUGAACCAGUGCAUGUCUUGCAAUGUGAUGGAUGGUCACUGGCUCAUGUAUGAGCAGCCCCACUACAGAGGAAGACAGUACUACUUCCCCCCUGGAGAGUACAGAAACUGGAGAAACAUGGGCUACCCCAACAUGAGAUUCAGUAGCAUGAGGCGCAUCAUGGAUUCUUGGUACUAAUGUGUUUCAUUUGUAGAACUGUUCUGAACACAACCAGUUUAAAAACAUUGCUUCUGCUUGUUUUAAACUGCUGCAUAUUCUGUUUCCUCUAUUGUUUAUGCAAUAUUAAAGCAACAGAAACACAAUG